AUGGCGGCUGCUGUAAUGGAGCGCGUGGGAACAGCAUUACAGGCUGGCGACUUCUCGGCUGUGGUUGGCUUGCUCGAUGAGGCCGAACUAUGCUCGCCCUCAGCCUCUGCACUGGAAGAAGGCUGGCCCGCGGCUUUGCAUUUACUAGGCCAUAUAUACAAUGGGAGCUUGCCUGACGCACGGAUGUUGUACAAACGGCUACCCGAGGCUGUCAAGGCUGAGCCCCAGGUCAAGGCUGCCUGGCAGCUCCUCCAAUACGCCUGGCAGGGCAGCGGCAAGGGCGUGUGGCGGGCCCUCCGCGGCCACCCCUGGGCCGGCCACUGCAGGGUCCUCGUGGAGGCGCUGGCGGAGCGCGCGGAGGACGCGGUGGCCGCGGCGCUGGGUCGCGGCUGGCGGAGGGCCGGUGACGGCAGCGGUGCACUGGAGGUUGUGCCACCGGCCCUGGCUCGCGGUGAGCUGGACAGCCUGGCUUCCCUGGAGCAGCUGUCCGAGUACAUGAUGCAGUUGGAGUGA